UUUCCCCUUCCCUUUCUUUCUCUUCUUUCUCUCUCACCCUGCAUUUACACAUCCAUAAAAACCACACUGUCAGUUUCUUCUUCCACUUCCCUCUCCUCCAUGGCCCUCCUCCACCUCCUCCUCUUCCUAAUGCCACUCGCUGCCACCGCCGAGUGGCCCCCGUCCCCCGGUUUCUGGCCGAGCACCCGCUUCCGAAACAUUGACUUUUACCGAGGAUUCCGAAACCUCUGGGGACCCCAACACCAAAGAUUCGACCAAAACACUCUCUCGAUAUGGCUUGAUCGCUCUUCAGGAAGUGGGUUCAAGUCCGUUCGCCCAUUCCGAUCCGGCUACUUCGGUGCCUCUAUCAAGCUUCAACCCGGAUACACUGCAGGUGUCAUCACUGCAUUCUAUCUCUCGAACAAUGAGGCUCACCCGGGGUUCCACGACGAGGUCGACAUCGAGUUCCUGGGGACGACAUUCGGGAAGCCGUACACAUUACAGACCAAUGUGUACAUCAGAGGAAGUGGAGACGGACGAAUCAUCGGCCGAGAGAUGAAAUUCAACCUCUGGUUCGAUCCCACCAAAGAUUUCCAUCACUACGCCAUUCUCUGGAGCCCAAACGAAAUCAUAUUUCUCGUGGACGACAUACCCAUAAGGAGGUACCCAAGGAAGAGCGCGGCGACGUUCCCGCUGAGGCCAAUGUGGCUGUACGGUUCGAUAUGGGAUGCUUCGUCGUGGGCAACAGAAGACGGAAAAUACAGAGCCGAUUACAGGUACCAGCCAUUUGUGGCGAAGUACAGGAAUUUCAAAGCGGGGGGUUGUUCAGCGUACUCGCCGGCGAGGUGCCGGCCGGUGUCGGCGUCGCCGUUCCGGUCGGGGGGGCUGACGAGGCAGCAGAGGAACGCGAUGAGAUGGGUGCAGAGCCGGCACUUGGUUUAUAACUAUUGUUGGGAUAAUAAGAGAGACCAUUCUUUAACACCGGAGUGUUGGCAUUAGAGAAGGGGAAAUUUGGGUACUGUUGAUUUCCCCAUGCAUUAAAUUUUUACUUUCUUUUUUUUUUGUUGGAUUUAUUGGGUUGGAAUUUUAUUUUGAAGAGGGUGUUGUUGGGUCCCGAAAUGGCACAGAAAGGGAACAGAUACGAGAAUUGUUGACCAAAUCUCCAACAGGUGAAGAUUAGAAAAAAGAAAAAAAAACCAAAAAACAAAAAGAGAGAAAAAAGAAGAGGAAAAUGAUGUAUUUUUAA